AUGGCACAAGACACGAAACCGGAAUUGGCUUCAGAUCUUGAGAAGACAGAGAUUAAGCAGGGGGAGAAUGACACUAGUGAAUUCAACACAAGAUCGAUCCUCACCCUCGUCGGUUCCGCCUUGUCAACCUUCUGCACCGUCGGCUUCCUCAAUGCGUUUGGUGUCUUCAUAGACUAUUACCGAGCACAUGAGCUGGCCGAUAAGUCCGAAUUCGACAUAUCCUGGAUCGGCUCUUUCUGCACGUUUGUGUUCUUCAUCAGUGCAGCACCAGCAGGCUUGUUGGUCGAUCGGAUAGGCCCUACGAUUCUCCUCGUUAUAGGGGGCACAAUAACCAUCCUUGCCAUGUUCAUGAUCUCUCUGUGUCACGAAUAUUACCAAUUUUUCCUGGCACAGGGACUCCUCCUGGGCAUAGGGCAAGCGUUUCUCGCCUGUCCUGUUCUUGCCAUGGUCUCUCGCCACUUUCACAAGAACCGCGGUCUGGCCACCGGCGUCACGAUCGCCGGGUCUUCUCUGGGUGGUGUAAUAUGGCCCAUAAUGGUCAAUGAACUUCUGAACAAGGAUGGCGUCAGUUUCGGCUGGACAAUGCGUGCCGUUGCCUUUACAAUGCUUCCGCUCGUGGUCAUUACUUGCGCCACCGUCCUUCCGCCAGUGACGAAGGAACCUACGACCGAGGGAGACCUCCAGUCGGCUGGGAAGAAGGAUACAAAGAAGAAAACAGACUUGUCGAUCCUCAAGAACCGCGUCUUUCUCACUUUUUGUCUGGGAAUUGGGCUCUACUACCUGGGAAUGUUCUCCCCUUUCUUCUUUGUGACCUCAUACGCGGUUAGCAUCGGUCUGUCCACGAGUUUCGCGUUCUAUCUGGUCUCCAUCCUCAACGCUGCCUCCCUGUUUGGAAGAAUUUCCGCCGGCUGGGCCGCUGAUAGAUAUGGACAUUUCAAUAUGUGCUCAUUGGCCGCGAUGACAUCUGCGGUGGUUGCAUAUUGCUGGACAGCCGCCCAGUCAUCAGCGGGCCUGGUGGUGUGGAGCUUGGCUUAUGGGUUCUGUUCAGGUUCGAUUUUGAGUCUCCAGGUGGCGUGUGGGACGAAAUUAGCAGCGCCAGAAGCCUAUGGCACUGCAGUUGGCAUGAUAAUGGGAAUUGUCUCCUUGACCGGCCUCUUCGGUUCUCCCAUCAGUGGUCAGUUAAUCAAGUCCAGCUACCUUGCCCUUUCCAUGUAUGCUGGGAGUGCACUAGUGGUUGGCGGGCUGAUCAUCUGUCUCGCACGACUUCAGCUCUCUCGGAAGCUGUUGGUUGUUGUCUGA